AUGGCGGACGUGGUCGUGGGCAAGGAGAAGUGCGGCGAGCAGCGGCUGGUGUCGCUGCCCCUGUCCCGCAUCCGGGUCAUCAUGAAGAGCUCCCCCGAGGUGUCCAGCAUCAACCAGGAGGCGCUGGUGCUCACGGCCAAGGCCACGGAACUCUUUGUUCAAUAUCUCGCCACCUAUUCCUACAGACACGGCGGUGGAAAAGAAAAGAAAGCACUCACUUACAGUGAUUUAUCAGAUACCGCAGAGGAAUCGGAAACGUUUCAGUUUCUUGCAGAUAUAUUACCAAAGAAGAUUUUAGCUAGUAAAUAUCUGAAAACGCUUAAAGAGAAGAGGGAGGAAGAGGAGGAGGAGGAGGAUGACAACAACGAUGAGAGUGAUGACGAUGAAGCGGAAUCCUAA